GCUGCCAGUCUUUGCUCUUUAUGGCAAUGUUCCGAUUUAAGAAGGAUACUGCUUUGAAAUAUUCAAGGACUUUAACUGAACAUUUCAAGAGUUCUUCUAGGACGGCUCAAGCUCCAUCUCCUUGUGUUGCCAGAGGUACCGGCACACCUUCUCCACUGUCUCAGACACCAUCCCCUGCCAGCUCCGGAGGUUCCCAGCCAGGAUCUAGCUCCGGUAAUGGUGCAAGUGUUGCCAUUCCACACAUGAUUCAUCAGCUGGCUUCCAACUAUGUCAGCAUUACUUCCAUUUUCCUCCAUGGCCAUGACCUUUGGGAACAAGCAGAUGCACUAGCGAAAAAAAACAGGGAAUUCUUCGCAGAGCUUGACGCAGCAGUUGGCCUUUUAUCCCUGACCAGCAGCAUGACUGAACUUGUACACUACACCAGACAAGGUUUACAUUGGUUGCGACUGGACACUAAAUUACUAUAACAAGAUGCUGAAAAUCGUUUUGACAUCAGCCAGUUUGUCCUUCAGCACCAAAGCCACGGCUGUCCAGUGUUUUUUUUUAUUUUAAUGAGGAAUGAUAAAUGUAAAGGUGUCUCUGUGCAGCAGAAACUUUAAUAAUGUAGGUCAGCACUGAAUUUCCACAAAAAUGAACCGGCUGAACCUUCACUUCAUGAACAAAAGUGCAAUUUUUUUUUCUCUUGACCCUUGUGGAAUUGGAGGAUUAAAACACGGUCUUCAACACUAUUUUUGUUGAAGUAACCUUGAAGGAUAAAGGGCUUGAAAGGAACUCCUAUUGGCCUGUGUCCUGGUCAAUAAACAAAGUAGCUGUUGCCUUCUCUUAACUUUCUGGCAACAGUAUACAUAUUGUGCAUUAGCUGCUUUACAUUUGGAUAAAGAUAUAGCAGAUAAAGAAUGUUGUAUUCAAUCACAGGAACAUUGUUGCAAUGAUUUCCUGGACAGCCCUUUAACACAGUACCUAGAGGACAAGGUACAUCCAGGAGGUUAAUAUGCAAGUGUUUAAAGUGUCCAACUGUUAAUUUUAUUCGUAAAUUAGGAGCUGUGAAGAAUAACUUUAAUUUUCUUUGGAUUUUUUUGCCCCAGUUACAUCUAUAUUUACUGCCUUUACUUUUGUAUUUAUUAGAAAUUUGUUUCUUUUCCCAUUGGACCCAAGUAUUGCUGGCAAAGCAUGAUUAACAGAACAAAGUAGUGUAAUUUUUUUUGGUGUAGGGGGUUUGGGGAGGAAGGGGGAGAAGAGGUUGAUGGGCGUUGCCUGCCCUUUAUGUAGCUCAGAUCAAAGCCAUGUGUAGCUUUUCCCGGAACAAUCUAUUAAUGUUCGGUGUGCCUUAGACAUUCUACUUUGUAUGUAAGUAGUUAUUUCUAGCCAUAGACAAAUUGCUGCUUUAAGGGUCUGGAGUAAGGAAAAUAUGAAUGGUGUGUUGAAAAGUGGUCAAAUUCCUAUAAUGUGAGUACAAUUUAGUUCUGUAUAGUUGACCUUGUGAGAAAUGAGGAUUUGACAUAGAUCAUUAUUUCAUCAUUUUCUGUUCCCUGUACACCAGACUUGUCCUGAGUAAAGGUGAGCAAACUGCUUGGAUGUAUAAUUACCCUUUUGGGGCAAUUUUCUACCUAUUAUUUUAUUUUUAUAAAUAGGGAAAUGUGAUUUUCUUGCUGUGAGGGGUGGGUGGGGGAAGAGAAAAUAUUUUCCAAAAAUGUUGCCACUUUCCGAUUUUAGUUAAAACCUACUUGGAGCAGGAUUUUUUUCAGAAAAUGCUGAAAACCUGAUAGCAAUAUAUGGAUUUAAAGGAUCUGGGGGAGGGGGGAGCCCAAUCCAUUUUUUGCUCACCUCUAGUCUUGAUAAUGCUGUGAAUAACCUUGGCCAGCUACCUGAAUGGGCCCUGUAGAGUCAAAUUCUAGCGUACUGCAGCUCGUGCUGCUCAAAGUUACUGGAAUUCAUUAUAAUUUUAUUUGAAAUUGUACUUGCACAUAUAUAUUUUUGCUGAUGAAAUUGCUGCAGAAAUGCUCAAGAGUCUAUGUAUUAUAUACACAGUAAAACCCAUAUGAAAUAGUAAAAACCAGCACUGGCGGAUCAUUGAAAUGAAUGGAAAAAGGAUACUCAUGUGUUGACAUGUUGAGUAUCGUGUCUAUAUGUUGACAGUUUCAAAACUGUUCUAAUUAUCACCACCAUGAAGAAAUCUGCAUAAUUCAUUAGGUGCCAAAGUGGAUUUUGCUUCUCCCUUUGUAUCCCUUCCACAAGUUUCCAAGAACACAGGAUACCACAAAUGAAGGAGAUAUGAAAAACCCUAGUUCGUUCUUUUUUAGUCCUUUCGACUUUCAAAACGAUUUUCUAUUAGCACUUAAAACUUGAAAAGAAAAGGCUGUUGUCAAUGUCCAGGAUAUAAUACGUACAGCAAGUGUCAAAUAGGUUUAAUGCCCUCAACGGCACCAUCUGUUUAUCCAGUGAGUAGCAGAGGCUUUUAGCGAUGCUAUUGCUGUCUUCAAUACUACAUGUUAAGAAAGAACAAAUAGCUCCCCCCAGCUGGUCAUCACUGUCAGUCAACUUGAUCUGAACUGCACAAAUAGAUAGAUGUUCGAUGAAGUUGGGAUCUGGUCCAUACACAUACCCUCCUCUAAACCCACUAUUAUCACAGCUGUACAGCCUUCAAAUACUCUCUGUGAGGAAUCUUAUGACAUACCAGAAGGGAACUGGUUUUUGUUUUUGGAGGGGUUAAAUUAUCCGCAUGCAAGUUCAUAAUGAGUGUGGUUUCCAGACUGAGUAUUCAAAAAUAACUAGUAAUUUCACAGUUAGACUUUUUGACCCUGACCUUCUGACUCCCUUUGUAACUUUAAAAUAUUCUUUCAUAGGAUGCAUGUGUUGCAGGCUAUUCAUCCUAUGUUGUUCUUAAGUGGUGUCAAGCUAACGCUAUUGCUGCAGUCCAUAUGGCAUAGGUACAUCCACUGUGCUGUUACGCAGCGAGUUCCAGAAUUUUAAGCUAGCUACACUGAAGGAAAGAGUGUUAUUUUGGGCACUGUCACCAUACAGUAAUGUUUGAAUACUUGUAUUGGCUGUUUGCAGCUGGAUUACAGUUGGUUCUCCACUCCUGAUUACUUUCCAGUGGUCCCUCUGCUGUAAAGUUUGGUGGGAGCAGUCAGACCUAGCUUCAAUGCUUUCCAUGAUUCAACAGCCCACCAACACUUGGUGUCUUUACUCAUAUGCUGAGAAUGGCUGCCUGAGUGAAAUCCCAAAAGUCUGCCAGGACCUUCCUGUGCAUCGAGGGAAAAUAGAACUUCAAAGAAAUAUAUACUUUUUGCUUUGUUUCUUUCAUUGCUUUACUCCAGUUUCAAACAGUUUAUUUCUGCUGAGUAACUGGGUGCUGCAAAUUGACAGCCAUGGUGACCAGUCCUUGAGUUCCACCUUACUUUGGUGUCAUUUAACACUUGCUUAUGUAUCUAAUACUGGAAAUCCAUCAUGUCAAAUCAUAGGUAUAUAGUCCUUGCUCUGUUUGGCACAGUAGAUGUGUAUUCUCCUGUGCUGUGUCACUGAAUUCACAUUAUCUGAAAGGAGUCUGCAUUUUGAAGUGAAACCGGGUGCCCUGAAGCUAAAACAAAUGCCAUCCUGCCCUUCCUUAUUCUCUUUACGCAAAAACCUGGUUAAUCCAUUUCUAGAUGCAUCAGAAGCAAAUUCCAAAACACAUUAUAACCUUGAUCUCUUAUUAGAGACAGUGUGUAGUUGUACUAAAAUGACUACUUUCUUUGUGGUGUUUUGCAAGAGUUUAUUGCAUUUUUAAUUAUUUAAGUCAGGCUUUAAGACUUUUUGUCUUAGCAGGUGCAAUUUAACAUUGGUUGCCUCCUUCUGCUACAUGGAGUGUAAGUUAGCUUGAAGAAUAGCACAACAAUAGAAAAGGAGAGUAAUUAUCAGUUCGCACAUGAGCAGGGGCCAGUUCACAGGUAUUGUAUUCAACAAGUAUUUGGUUACAUGCUGGCAUGGUGAGCUAAAACUAUCACUGGUAAAAAUAUUCUGACAGAUGUUUUACAACUGACAUAACAUCCAUUUCUCUGGUUCCCAUUGCUAUUUUGAGGGAGAUGAUUUGCUAAACUGUGGUUCUGUGUGCACAGGCACUCCUGGCACCUUGCAUAAGUUGCUGGUCUUCAUGUACUUGCUUUCACAUUUGUGUUGGCAGUAUAUUUAAUGAAUUUGGGAGCAUCAGAGCUAAGUCAGGUUUUGUUUUCUCCUGUACCCCUACAAGUACUUUUUUCACAAGUCAUUUACAUUCUGUUUGGGAGAAAUCCCAGUCAAGACAGGAAGAUUGAUGUUUCAGAAUCCUAGACCAGGGUGAAAGAAAAGAUGAACUGCUGCCCUAAUUAACUCCACAGAUCAAGUUUCAAGUUGGGGACCUCCUAGUUUUCAGGUCUCCAUUCUACUCCACAGAAAAGUCUAAUAUUCAUUUUUAUUUGCUUUCCAUUGUUCAUUCUUCCUUCCACCACCACCAACCCCCACCAAUGUUUUGUUCUGCUUAUUCCUGAUUCGUGAACAUCAUUGUGAGCUUCAGUUAUUCUUGCAAUGUACUUUGGAAAAUGGUAACCAUGGUAAUGACUUUGUAACAGAAUUGGUUCCAUUUGAUUUUUUGCUGCUUCCUCCAUUCAGGUCAUUGGUUCUGAUGAAAUUUGUUUUCAAGCUCUCUGAACUAUGCCCAACUGUUAUCUAGAUGUUCACAGAACUGCAAGACUACUUAUUUUAUAGUUGCUUAGAAUUAAAUCUCUUGACCUUCACAGACUCAUUCUACCUUCUAUUCAAAACAUAAGAAACAUAUGCUAUCUAAUCCAUAUUCAUGUGAUGGGUGAAGAGGUGCAGUCCCAGUUUCUCUAUAAUCCCUUCUAGUGGGGUCUGCUUAGCAGUUGACUGUCGUCUUUGUUUUCCCCUUAUUCACCCCACAGACUCUUUGCUGUUUCUACUUCACAUCCCAACCAAGUCCACUGAACCAGUUAAGCCCUCAUGUGAAAAACUGUGAACAUGGAAGACUUUCCAUUUUAAUGAAGUUUAACAAAAGGUUUGCCAAAUCUGAUGUAUAUCUUGCAUCUGCCACUCGAGGGAGAGGUUGAGACUUGCAAGGGGAUGCUGUCUCAACUUUAAAUAUCAUAACUUGCCCCAUCAUCUAUUUUUGCAGAGGCAUCAGUCUAUUUAGGAUAAGUACUUAGUACUUAAAUUUCAAGUAUUAAUUAAGUGGUAGAGUCUAAUAUUACACUGGUACUUUAAGGGAAGCAUUUCUAGGCUUAAAUUUUCUAAACCAAAUCACGACGGAAAUGUUAUCAGGCUGUGUGUAUUGCAUAAGCUACAAGGUUUGCCUUGUUUAAUACAAACGCAGAAAACACAGGGGAAACUCAGCAGGUCUGGCAGUAUCUGCGGAGAGAGAAAAACAGUUAAUAUUUUCAGUCUGUUAUGCUUUUCCUUCAGAAUGCUGAAGUUCUAAAGAAGAUUUGUAUCAGACUUGAAACGUUAACUCUUUCUGUCUCCACAGAUGCUGUCACACCUGAGUUUCUCCAGCAUUUUUUGCUAGUUUCAAACUUCAAGUAUCUGCAGUAUCUUGCUUUUAUUUGUUCUCCUGCAUUGUUUAUGUAUAUUUAAACUUCCAUUGUUUUCCCUGUCUUUGUAUGUGUAAAUGAUUUUCACUUUUGACAAAUUCUUCCUUCCUGCCUUUAAAAGUGGUUUAAAGGUUUUAAUUAACCAGAGCAAUGAACCAAAUUCUAGAAAGGUUCUACCUUUGAUUUGAGCCGGCAUAAGAGUAGCCCUUGAAUUCCUAAGGAAAGAAUUGGCAGUGUCCCUGUACUUUCUCCAAGGAUCCCCACAAGAAGCCUGAAUGAGUAACCAUCAGGUAUGGAAAUAAGCUGAUUCUACUGUGAUGUCUCAAAAUUCAGAAAGAAGUCAUUUCCCUGUACCAAGGAAUGCUUGUGAAUAGUGGCCCCUUGGACAAGGUACAGAGUGAUACUCAAUCCAUGAUUCAACACCCUAAUAGUAGUACAUUGAGGUAUAUCAUGCUUUAAAUUCCUUUAACCUCACCCUGUAAUGCAUUGAAGUAAAGGAUAUAGAUACCACCUAGUUUUGAUUUUUAAAAGCUCCUCUCCCAAACCCCAUCCCUUUCUUUCACGUGAACAGACUUCAAAUAAUCGCAUUUCUCAUGUUACAUUAUAUUCUUUCCAAGCAAAAAUCUGUUAAAUCUUUUUAAAAAAAAAAUUAAAACAGCAAAAAUAGGCAAGUUUCUCUUAGUAGAAGGAACAGUGGGUCCAAACUGGUGCUGAUUUCAGUUUAUACUUGUUGCACAAAUGCUUUUGGGAAACUGAUAAGAUGAAAUGAAUCACAAUGAUGAGGGAUUUUUGUGUAUUUUGUGUGUGAGCGCGUGUGUAUUUAUUGUGCCUUCAUUGACCAAACUUCUCAUACUUUUAUUUAUUAAAUAUAUUGAAUGCCAAGCAAUAUACGUCAUUAUUAACACUGCAUCCUGCCCCAUUAUCUGUUCUUUAAACUUACCCUAACGGAAAUGUCAAAUUUCCAUUAAAGCUGAUAACUCGGACAACUGCUAUUUGAUGCUUUUGUUAAAUACAUACUGUUACCUUCAUACUGCUGCAGGGCACCUUCCAUACUCUUGCACUUUUUCUAUUUUACAAUGACAGUAUUUUCAGUAUCAAAGACGUUAUGGGACUUGCGUUCUGCUUGUGUAACUGAAAAGAGGAAUGUGUACAAUAUAGCAAUGUUUCUCCUACCGAGGUAAUAGUUGCUACACAAUAACUCAGCCACUUAUUUUAGAAUGGAUUGGGUUCCCAUUUAUACAUUUUGAAAAUGUUUGAACUGUUGCAUCAUUGGGUUCUCAUCAUGUACAAAGUAAUCCUGUGCUUAGUCAAAAGCUCAAACAAUGCAGAUGCUUAUAUUUCAGUUUCUGAUUUCGGAAAAGAAUAAAAACUUUUCUUUUUCUGCCCACUGCCACAUUUUCUGAAACGUGAUUAAAUAGCAUUGGUUAUUAAAUUCUUUAUUUUAUAAUACCUGAAAUGUAUUCUUUCCUAAAUUGAAGUUUGUUUGGUCAGCUUUUUAUUUAAUAUCCAUAUUAAGUAAGAAAUAAAAAAAUGGAAUUUGUUUAUUACCAGAUUAAUUAUGGCAUUUUUAAGUAUCAGUGAUUCAAACCAUUAUUUGUGAACUAUAAUUUCCUGAGCUUAACCAGUUUGACUGCAGUCAUCGUAGAUUCUAAAACAUUUUAGGUCAUUAACAGUUGAUUAGGAUUCUGAUCUAGAACUGGAAUUUGCCAACUGUAGGCGAUCAGUCUCUGCAAAGCAAUGUACUAACACAAAACCCAAAGUAUUAUUGGAACACUGAUCUGUGCCUGCUUAUUGUGAUAACGCAAGCUUAACAGGAUUUUCUUGUUUAAACAGAUGGUAUUUUGAGGAAAGCAAAAUAACUUUGUAAUAUUAAGGAAACUUCCAAAUGAACCAAAUCGUGCAUUUGAUCUUUGUAUUUUAGCAUAUUUCCAUGAAGAAUGUACACUCUUUGGGCUUCUGUUAAUAAAUAGCUCUCUAGUACAAUGGAACAAUUUACUGCAAAUUUGUAGUGAAGUUAAUUUAACCUCGACGCAGAUGAUUAUUUCCCAAUGAAGGUGUUUUGUUCAUUAUCUAUAUCCAUCAUCUAUCUUACAUGAAAAAACUGUUUAGCAACAGAUUAUUCUCUUUGACAGGGAAAACCAUGUCAGAGGUUUCCCUGCUUUAAAAAAAAGUUUUUAAAAUAAACAUAUUGUUGUGUGA